AUGUCUAUAAAAGACCACGGCAAGGAUACUUCUUUAUCUAAUGAAGACAUUGCAAGUAUCGUUUCUGCUUCAACUUUCGGACACGGCGAUGACCGAUCAAAUCAAGGAUCAAGUUUUACUGCUUAUUUUAAUGUUGUCUGCGUGGUAGCUGGUACAGGAACUCUUGGACUUCCAUUUGCCCUUCGCCAAGGCGGUUGGAUAGGUCUCCUUAUUCUCUUUCUCAGUUGGAUCUUCAGUGUUUACACCGGCGUCAUCUUGAUCCGAUCCCUUUAUUCUAAGAAUAAGCGCCUGACUUCAUACCAAGAAGUAGCAGAAGCUUCCUUUGGUGCCAUAGGUGGCUGGGUGGCCUUCUUUUUCACCGCAGUCACGCUUGUAGGUGUACCUGUACUAUAUCUCCUUCUUGCCGGCCAGAAUCUCCAUUCGGUCCUUCAAGGAACAUCCGGGGAACUCACUUUCCCUAUCUGGGUUAUUAUAUGCGCUGUUCUGGUAACACUCCCGUUCGUUUGUUUCAAAUCGCUCAAAGAAAUCGGAUUUCUCUCCACAUUUGGUGUCCUUUCUACCACCGUUGUUAUCUUCAUCGUCCUUGCUGUUGCUGUCCGAGAAAAAGGCACACAAGGAGCAAAGCACCACGAUGCCGUGAUCUGGGAUCAAUUUCCUAUUGCACUUAGUUCAAUUGCCUUUAGUUUUGGAGGAAACCCAGUCUAUGCUCACGUUGAAGCUGGUAUGCGCCGUCCUCAAGAUUGGACCAAGGUAGUGACAGCUGGCCUGACUACUUGCGUGGUCUUGUAUUUCCUGACAGCAGUUCCUGGAUACUAUGUAUACGGAGUCGAUGCCCUGUCUCCAAUUUAUGACAACCUCCCUGAAGGUGGGGCCAAGAUUGCUUCGGUUAUCAUCAUCACAGUUCAUGUUCUCCUAGCCACGCCGAUUCUCCUAACCUCGUUUGCCCUGGAUCUGGAAAAGAUGUUUCAGAUAUCAACCGGAAAGUUCUCUACAAAGGUUGAAUUAGUCCUUCGUUCGGCCAUGCGUCUAGCUCUGAUGGUUAUCAUUACUGUCAUUGCCAUAUAUGUCCCAUUUUUCGGUGACUUUAUGUCUUUACUUGGUGCUUUCUCAAAUUGCGCCUUGAUCUUUAUUUUCCCCGUAAUAUUCUACUUUAAAUUGACCGGAUUCCGCGGCAAGGCUUGGUGGGAAUACAUCCUGGCUUUCUUCACAGUCUUGCUCGGGGUGGUUGGUUUGAUUUUCGGUACCAUUUCCGCAUGUCAGGCUCUUAACAAAGACUUCAAGGGUCAGGCCUGA